UCAUUAGCGGCCAUCCGAGUUCCCUCUCUGGCUUUUGUAUCUCGUUUUGAAUAGCGUCGGAGUUUGACGAAAGCGGCAAGCGACUAAACCCCUAAAGGCAUUGUUAUGAUCGCCAACAUUUCUAAGUGAAUGAGCAAUUGACUCGUUGAGUGUUAUUAGACCCCAUUUAAAAAGUCUGAAAACAAUAGUAAAAAAAUAAACGUCAAUGAAUUGUCAUACGUUUACAAGAGUUUCUUUUGUUGACAUUUCCCUCUAACAAAACAAAAAUGUGCCAAAUAAAUUGAAAUAAACGAAUUUGUGGUAACUCCUCAAAAUAAUACAAAAAAAUAUAACAAAAUACAUUAAAAAAAAGUGUCAUUAUAAAACCCAUCCCCCACGCUUUGCCAAUGGUCACGUGUAGCCGUCAACCAUUAACAAUGCUGCCCCUGGUGCCGAUCAACCCUUUUGCCGUUGCCACCAAGCCCAGCCCGGCCACACCGACGGCAGCUGCACCGGUUAAAAGUGUGGCAACCACUAUUCCCGUUAGCACGCAUACUAAGCCCAAAUUGGCUUUCACCAUAGACGCCUUGGUGGGCGAGCGUAAAACGGAGCAGGCUCCUCCGAUACCCUUGAACCCUCGGCUAAGAGUUAUAGCGCCACCAAUACGCAGCCCUCCCCAGGAUCAACUGCUGGCUGGGGAGUUACAAGAACCCUUGGAAUUAAGAAAUAGCCGUUGUGUGGCUCCUCCAUCACCUACGCAUUCAAGAACCUCUGUGAUAAAUCAAAGGGAUCAGGCAGACCCCGAAGGUUCCUCAGCCUCUCCCAUAAGAGAAUGCAACAGUUCUUCCAGGGAUCAAACUCAAUCACCUUUGGCACCUGAUAACCAGCCACAUAGUAGUCGUUCUACCACCCCCCUACAUUCCCCCAGAGAGGCCAUUUCCCCGGUAGUGACAGAGCAGCGAAUGUUUAAAAGUCUGCCUUCUUUGCCCCCGGGUUUGGUAAGGCCUUUUCCUUUGCCUGCACCCGCCGCUAGUAUACCUAUAAUACGUUCAGCGGAUGGCCAAGGGCCAGCCCCAUUGGGUCAUUCACCUUCAACAUCGCUAAUGCCACCCUCAGUCAAUGGUCCAUCACCUUCAAAUCCUCAUUUGCUGGCAGCCCAAUUUCAAAUGGCCGCUGUUUUGGCUCAUCAUCAGCAGCAGCAACAACAACAGCAGCAUCAUCAACAUCCAGGGGGACCACAUCCUCCACCUCCACCAGGUCCACCACCGCCACCGCCCUCACACCUGCCUCCACAUCUAAUGCAUGGCCAUCAUUUGGGUAUUUUUCCACCAGGGCCUCAUCAUCCACCCUUUGGUAAUCCUCAUCUGAUACGCGAUACGUAUCCCUUGUAUCCUUGGUUAUUAUCGCGUCAUGGGCGAAUAUUUUCACAUCGUUUUCCAGGUUUCCUACUGCAACCUUUCCGCAAACCAAAACGAGUACGAACCGCCUUUUCACCCACGCAACUCUUAAAAUUGGAACAUGCUUUCGAAGAGAAUCACUAUGUGGUAGGUGCAGAACGCAAGCAAUUGGCCCAAAACUUAAGUCUGACUGAAACUCAGGUGAAAGUUUGGUUUCAAAAUCGUCGCACCAAACACAAACGCAUGCAACAGGAGGGCGAUAGUGAUACGAAGAGUCAGAAAGGCAGUCAGUCCGGUGAUAAUGAGGGUAAGAAUGAUGGCUCACAAACUAGCUUUGAGGAUCAGGAUGACUUGGAUAUGGCCGAUGGCGAUGACAUUGAUGAAGAUGAGGAUGAAGUUAUCGACAUGGAUGACUAUGAUGAUCAUGAGCUGAUGGAUGCCGAGGAAAGGAAACGCAUGAUGAGCGAACAUUUUCAAGAGAUGCAGCAGAGGCAUUUUGCCCAGGGCCAAAUGUUUCAACAGCAAAGCCAACAGCAUCAACAGUUUUUGCAGCAGCAUUUUUUCCAACAACAACAGCAGCAGCAACAACAACAACAACAACAGCAACUUUAUGCUCAAGGUGAGCACCAAAGACAACAGCAGCAGCAGCAGCAAACACAACAGCAGCCACAUAAUCAAGAACGUUCUCCACAGCAACAGCAACAUUCUUCACCAAAACAUUAACCCUGCGCUUAGAUUCAACAUCCUUUACCCAUUAGCAUCAUUUAGCCAAUUGUAUUUAUUUGUUUCAUUUACUAUAAGUUUAUGCUCCAAUUGAUAAGAGAUUUCCGCAUAGCUAUUCCGGCUAAGGAAACACAGCCAACUUAAAAUUAUAUGUUGGCACUUGUGGUUGAAACCAGUGUAUUGUAAAUAUUGUAUUGAUCCCAAAUUAAAUGUAUUGUAUGUAUUAUUAUGUUCCUUUAGUUACAUUAUACGACCCAUCUAUGUUUUAAUGGCUCCCUCGAAAGUAAUAGUUUCGUUUAUACUCUUAACGUACAAAUCAAGAAAAAAAAUAUUAUUACACGUCACCCUCAUCCUUUUAGGCACCCUUCUACGAAGAUAGACGAACAAAGAUUAUAAACAAUAUAUGACAUUCGUAUUUAUGAAUAAUACUAUUUGUAUAA